ACAAAAUUGCAAGCACGAGGGCUAACAUUGGAAGUUUAAGGCCCAGAAGCACUGUUUUCCAGCCGCCCCGAAAUUGAGGAACUCGCUAACGCAAUCAAGAAUCUGCUGCUUCAACGGCUCCUCUCUCUCUCCUUUUAGAGGCAGGAAAAAAAAAAACCGAUUCUCUUGAUCACAGACACACAGAGAUGAAGAUCUCCCUCAGGUUUCAAGAAGACCAACCAGAGUUCCAAAACCAGCAAAACCCACUGAUAAAGGCAAAGGUACCUCUAACCAUCUUCAACCAACCUUUUAUUUCUUCCAUUGCCACCGUCCCCUCCACCACCACAUCCACCUCUAUGCCCACCAACUCUUCUUCUCACCUCUCGUUUUCUCUCUCUUCCAAUUUCUCUUCCGGGCCUUCUGUCAAACUUUCUUACUCUCACACCUCCACCACACCCUCUCCUUUCUCUCUCUCCCUCAAGUCUGGUCUUGGCCUCUUUGGCUCCCCAAAAAACUCCCCUCUUGUUUUCACUGCCAAUUUCUCUCUCUCCCACACAAACCCCAGUUUCUCUCUCCACAUCAAGCCCCAAUUUGGCAACUUUUCCCUAAAACAAACCGCAUUUUCAGACCCUAAUUUUAAACAGAUUUCUGGGUCUGCCUCCAAUGUUGGUGCCCAUUUGGAUUCUGGGUCCGUUUCAAAUGGUGAUUUUGAUAAUGGGUUUGUCUCUGAAGGGUCAUCUGUUUGGCAGGAGCUUAGGUUGGAGCCUUGCGGCGGCAAAAAUGGGGCUGUGAAUAGUGAAUUUAGGGAUAAUUGUGGAGCUCAUUUGAAUGGUGGGUCUCUGGCAGAGAAGCCAUUGGCUUGGGAAAAUGGUGGGAAAGAUGGGCUUUUUUCUGGAAUUGCUGUGAUGGCAAGGACAGUGUUGCCAGUGACAAAAAGUGUGGUGGUGAAUAUGCGAUGGGGUGUGAAUCUUCCACCAAAGUUUGGCAAAGCAAUGCCUUAUUUAACACUUGAUAAAAUCGGUAUUGAGAGAGUUGAGGAGGUAAAGGCAGAGGAGGAGAAGGGUACUGAUGGUAGUAAUGUGGGUGAUUUUGAAUUGUUAAAGGGGAUGUGCUUUUGGAUGAGAAGGGAUUUGGAGGUCAUGGAGAAGGAAAAUAAGGAGAUGAAGCACAGGUUGGAGGAGAUGAAGUCGGGAGUUUCUAGGAAGCAUUUUAGAGGGGAGAGUGAUUCUGUUGGGAAGAGAGUUUCACCUCCUUUGGAUCAGACUUCUGGCGGGUUCGAACAGUGGAGAAACAAGAAGAAAGUCAGAGAAGAGAAUGCGAGAACAGAGGCAAAAAAGUCCACCGAUUCUGCCAGUGAUUUGGAAUCUGAAUUGCAGAGAGCUAUCAAGGCUGCUACCAUUUAGCAAGAGCUUGGAGUACAUGGAAACACUUUGCAGUCAUCGUUAGUAGAACAUCUUUUAGCAAGUAUGGUUUCUGCUCCUCCCGGCAACAUUGAGAAUAAUGAUACACCUGCCACAACCAAGAAGAAGAGGAGCGAGUUCAGAGCAAUCUUAGAUGGGGCUUUCUCCAUGGUUCGUUCUUUUUUUAUUAUUGUCACAUUGGGUCGAUGUGAAUGAAAUUUCAAGUUUGCUUUGCACUUUAGUAA